AUGUCUUCACACUUUGCCUUGUUGUCAGAGGAUGGGUUCCAGUGCUCCCUGUGUGAGGAGGUCUUCAGCGACCCGGUCACUACACCCUGUGGUCACAGCUUCUGUAAGAGCUGCCUCAGCGAGCACUGGGACGGCAGCGAGCUGUGCCACUGCCCAACUUGUAGUAAGAGAUUCCACGUGAGGCCCGAGGUCUCCACGAACACGGUCAUCCAGGAGAUCUCCGUCCAGGUGAAGAGGAGAAAAGUGGAGACAACUGAAAGCUUCGGUGAGCCUUCUCACGUCAAGUGUGAUGUGUGCACAGAGCUGAAGCUGGAGGCCAUGAGGUCGUGCCUGGUGUGUCUGACCUCGUUCUGUGAGCUCCACCUGGAGCCGCACCUGAGAGUUCCCUCCCUGAUGAGACACAGGCUGGUCCACCCGCUGGAGAACCUGGAGGAGAGGAUGUGCAAGAAGCACGAGAGGAUCCUGGAGCUCUUCUGCCGACACGAGGGUGAAUUCAUCUGUCUGCUGUGCAGGGAGACGGAGCACAAAGAGCACGAGACUGUGACGCUGGAGGAGGAAGGAGCUCGGCAGAAACAAAAUAUUGAGUCCAAAAAAGCAGCGAUAAAAAAGAUGAUUGAGGAAAGAGUGGAAAAGACAAAGGAAUUCACCGAUUCCUCUGGAAUGAGCAGAGAGAAAGCUCACAAAGAGAUGGACCGCGGCGAUCAGCUCUUCAGUGCUUUGAUCAGUCAAGUACAAAGUCUGCAAACAAAACUAAAAUCAAACAUAGAAGCAAAGCUCACAAAAUCUCAAGAGAAAGACAAAGCAGUGAUUCAAGAUCUGCACGAAGAAAUCAGCGAACUGCAGAGGAGGCACUCGGAGCUGGAGGAGCUUUCACAGGAAGACGACUCCCUUCAGCUUCUGCAGACUUUGCAGGCCCUGAGCAACGUGUUGGACAUGAAGAACUGGUCAAACAUCCGGGUUUACUCGGACCUGUGUGUGCAGAGCCUGAGGAGAGCCGUGUCCCGGCUCGUGCUCUCGUUCCAAGCAGAACUCAGAGCUCUGACAAAAACAGAACUGACCAGAAUGAGACAAUAUAAAGAGUCGGUGCUGUUUGACGGAUCCACAGCUGGCGCCGGCCUGGUGGUGACGGAGCAGGGGAAACGCCUGAAGUACGUGAAACCUACGAGCCCCUCGUGGUGCGACGGCUCAGGGAGGUUCGACCGUCCCGCGGCCUGUGGGACGAGAGGCUUCAGCUCCGGACGACACUACUGGGAAGUCCAAGUGGGCCGUAGAAACGACUGGGAUGUUGGUGUUGCCAAGGAAACGGUAACCAGAACAGGGAGUGUCCCUCUGAAAGCAGAGAAUGGAUUCUUCACCAUUGGAAAGAGGCGCUGUGAUUAUCAAGUCAACCAUUUCGAAAAAGCUCUCAACCUGUGUCCUCAGCCGAGAAAUGUCGGCAUUUAUCUGGACUAUGAAGAAGGACGAGUCUCUUUCUAUGAUGUAGAUCAAGAGUUGCACAUUUACUCUUUCACGGGAAAGACUUUCACAGGGACACUGCUCCCAUACUUCUACCUGUGCAGCUGGAUGAAGAAAUCCGAGGCCUUGGUCAUAACUCAUAUCUUCGAUGAAGCAGUUGUGCUUCAGUACUUUGAAAAGUUAAAGAAGGCCAGAACAGCAAAAAAGUUGUUGGAAGGUCAAAAGCUCCAAACCCCAGCGAGGUCAACUGAGGUCAAACCCUCUGAAACCAACGCCAGCCCAGAUCUGUGCAUCACUGCCGUGGAAUAG